UCGUUCCUUCAGCACGUUCUUUCAUCCCUAAUGUGGCUAAAUUGUACAAAUAGUUUUACAAAAACCGCAAAAUGAAUAUACGUAAAAUAGAGGUUGUAAGGAAACUCUCUGCGUUUCCUUUACGUCUACAAUCUACAACGGCCACGCCUGCAGAGCUGCCGGCGUCAAUCAUAAACGAUGAUGCUGUGGAGGAUGGCGCUGUGCGUGCACAGAAACUCAACAAAUCUGGCCUGCUGGAGCAGCAUAAAAAUGUUUUAAUGGGUACUUUACCAUAUCGCGACGCACAGUCGUGGAUCCACUUGACCGAGAAGUAUCAGAGAAAAGUCUAUGGCCAGUACGGUGCCAAGAGCAACGUAAACCCAAAGAUCUGCUUUGAUUCGGGCGCAGAGAAAGAAGUUAUGCAACUGGAGACUUUCCUCAAAGCUGUGGAAAAGAACCGCCUGGAGAAGGCUGAGAAAAUCGAAAGAACCAAUGCCCGCGAUGAAGAAAUAGCCAAGAAACUGGAUAAGCUGCAGCAGUGGAAAUCCGACCUAAAUGCAAAGGUGGCCAAGCGCGAGGCAGAGGCUGCUGCUGCGAUAGCGCGAAAGGAGCGAUUGGUGGAGGAGGUGCGCAGGCAUUUCGGCUUCAAGGUGGAUACGCGCGAUGAGCGCUUCAAGGAAAUGCUCGAGCAGAAGGAGAAGGAAGACAAGAAGAAGCAAAAGGAGGCCAAGCGCAAGGCAAAGGAGGAGAAAAUGAUGGCGAAACUCGUGGAGAAAACAUCGUCCUAAGUUAACUACAUUUAUCGAGCAAUAAACUAAAUCACCAUUACAAGUUCAAGAUA